UCAAAAUACAUGCGUAAUGCGAAUUGCGAUAGGUCGAUGUCAGCAAAAGAUAAAGAAAGAAUUCGAACAUAUUGAAUUGUUGCUGUUGUAGCUAUAAUUUAAAAAUAAAUUAACAGUUGUAUUUGAAGCCAACUAUAUUGUUUCUUUUGCAAAUAUGUCGUGCUGGAAGUCCGUGUCAUGUUUCGUCGCCCGUGGAUAGUAAAAAAAAUAAUAAGGAUGCCUAUUACCGAAACGGGUGAUCAGUAUUCCGUAUGGGUUGGAUUAAUUUACAUUUUCAACUUGAUCGUAGGGACUGGCGCCCUAACCCUCCCCGCAGCGUUUGCCCGAGCAGGAUGGGGUCUCAGCACAAUUUCACUAGUCUUCCUUGCAUUCAUGAGCUUUAUGAAUGCAACAUACGUGAUAGAAACAAUGGCAUGUGCCAAUGCUGUUUUAAAAUGGAAGAGAUUGCAAUUAAUUAAAAGAAACAGUGUCCAAGAAGACGAAUCGGAUGAUGAAGGAACAUCAUCCCACCAUGCUUAUGGUGAUCUAGAAGAUCCCCUUGUUUGUGGGGAGUCAAUCCCAUCCCGUUACUACAGUCUCGAUAAAUGUAUUGAAUUAGGCGAAAUGGCAAACCUGUUCCUAAGCAAAGCGGGAAGAACAAUGUUUUAUUGUACCCUCUGUGUAUAUUUAUACGGAGACCUUUCCAUAUAUUCAGCGGCGGUGUCAAAAUCGUUAAUGGAUGUUAUAUGUUCUACAGUGCCUUCAAACGUAACAAAUACAACAAAUUGGGACAUUCUUCCAUGCUUCAACUCUCCAUCCGAAUCCACGUCAACGUACACCCGCUUCGACUGCUAUCGGGUCGCUCUACUUACGUUCUUCGGGGCAAUGGGACCCUUCGUCUUCUUCAACGUGCAAAAGACCAAAUACUUACAACUGUUUACAUCUGGCAUGAGAUGGCUUGCUUUCGCCAUCAUGAUAUCUAUGGCGAUACACCUGCUCAUAGUAUAUGGGCCCCAAGGGAAGCCGCCAGCAUUUGACUUCACAGGGAUACCAACUCUCUUCGGAGCCUGCGUGUACUCCUUCAUGUGCCACCACUCGCUGCCGGCACUCAUAAGUCCUAUAAGGGGAAAGAGUCGGCUAGGCCUCCACCUCGCUCUAGACUACGGGCUCAUAAGCAUCUUUUAUCUCCUUCUAGCAUUCACUGGAGCGUUCGCGUUUGCAACGUUAAACGAUUUGUAUACCCUGAACUUCGUGCCCACGGACAAUGAGAAUAUAUUGUUAGAAAUCGUAGAAUACUUCCUUGCACUUUUCCCAGUCUUCACGCUGUCUACUAGUUUCCCAAUAAUAGCGAUUACCUUAAGGAAUAAUCUACAGAGUCUAUUUUUAGACACGAGUCGCUUGGAGUCGUACAAUUUUGUGUUCAGGAAAUUAUUGUUCCCCAUCGUCGCCGUGGUACCGCCGCUGUUGCUGACGUACUUUUUAGAGGAUAUAAGUAUAUUGAUUAAAUUUACGGGAUCGUACGCGGGAACUGGGAUACAGUAUAUGAUACCAACGUUUUUAGUUAUAUCUGCGCGACGACAUUGUACAAAUUUACUUGGGCUCGGUGUUGUUAAUAGAUAUAAGAGCCCUUUCUCCAAUAUCGCGUGGGCCAUAUUCGUGUUGCUGUGGGCUUUUAUGUGCGUCAUAUUGGUAACCGUUAAUAUGUUUGAGAGAAACUCAUGACAUUGAUUCAAAAGGUUUUUGAUUUUUGAAAAUAUAUUACAGCGUUUUAAAGCUUAUUAGAUACCGUGUGUUCAUCGUUAUUAAUUUAAAAAAUUUAACUAUCAAACCACAGAUUAUAGUUAUUUAUAAAAAAAAAAAUAUAUUUAUUUUUAAAAAAGCGUUUUUAUAAAGUUUUAUAUAAAAUGUAUGAUUUCUUAACUUUUGCUCAAAUGUUUUAAUAUAUUUAUUUGUAUAAUUAAAAUGAAAACUAUAAAAACGUAACAAAGUAAAGAAUUUUAAUCAACUAUUAUAAGAACAAAUUACUAAUAAACAUUAAAUGUCAAUCUUUUACCCCGAAAAUAUUUUAAACCAGAUUUUCAUCCUCGUAUUCGUAUUAUUUAAUUGAUUUUCUAACAAUUUGUAGCUUGCAUGUGCUUCUGUAUGCAGUAUUAUAUCUCAUAUAUAUAU